AUGGUGAAUCCUGUCACUCAGUGCUUACCAGAAAUUGACACAUGGGCAUCUCCAAAUCUGGGGUUCCGAGUCCAAAUGGCUUCUGAAGGGUCUCUUUGUCUGGUGAUGGAUUUUGGGGACAAUUCAAGAGUCCAAAUGAAGAUCCAAAACGUGUCGGAGGAAAUCACGGUGACAGCCUAUCACCAGUAUUGGAAAGGUAUCUGGAUGCUCAAGGCAAUUAUUUAUAAUGAGUUUUAUGGGACUGAAGUAGAACUUGGACCUUAUUAUGUGGAGAUUGAUCAUGAGGUCCUGUCUGUGUUCAUGAAUUCCAGCAGUCUGCAUGAGGAUGAAGUUAUUAUCUUUGCUGAUUCCCACACAGAUCAGAAAAGCACUGUUGUUACACAUCAUUUCCCAUCCGUUUCCUCAUACCAUGUGUCCUUCAUUUCCCGAAAUCAAGUGGGUGACAGCGGAGCCUGGCCCAGCGUGACUGUGUGGUAUAAGAUGCAACCUGUUUCUGUCUACACAAAUGGAACUGUGUUUGCCUCAGAUGUGGCCAUCACUUUUGUAGCUGUUACCAAGGAAACCAGUCCUCUGGAGUUUGAGUGGCAUUUCGGAGAAGACCAAUCUGUGAGGACAACUUCAAGAAUCAUUGAAAAGAAACUUCGCAUCCCGCAGUGGUAUCGUGUGGUGGUCAAGGCUUCUAAUGGGGUCACUAGUGUGAUCUCUGAGCCCCACUUCAUCAGGGUCCAGAAGAGAAUCAUUGCCAAUCGCCUCUCAUCCGUCUCCUCUGCUCUGGUAAAUGCCAGUGUGAACUUUGAGUGCAGGAUCAAUGUUGGCACGGAUGUUGCUUACCUGUGGAACUUUGGGGAUGGUACUGUCCAUCCGGGAAAUAGCACCAACACUCACGUCUAUAGCAGAGAGGGAGAAUUUACAGUGGAGGUCCUUGCCUUUAAUGAUAUCAGCUUUGCCACCCUGAGAAAGCAGCUUUUCAUUGUGUACACACCCUGCCAGCCCCCACCAGUGAAGAACAUGGGGCCUGAAAAGGUCCAGGUUUGGAGGUCUCAACCAGUGAGACUGGGAGUGACAUUUGAAGCUGCCAUUCACUGUGACAUUUCCCAAGGCCUUUCUUAUAUGUGGGACUUUAUGAAAGAUGAUGGUUCUCAUGUGUCCCUUUACCCUUCUGUUGAUAACCGCAGACAAACCAUUACUCUCCCGAGCUACUUUCUGGAGUAUGGAAACUAUACGGCUGUUGCUAAGGUUCAAGUCAUAGGCAGCGUGGUGUACAGCAACUACUCAGUUGGGGUGGAUGUUCUGCCCAGGGCCCCCAUCAGCAUUGUUUCCGAAGGCACGCAUCUCUUCAUCUCCAAGACCUCCUCUUCCACCAUUGUCCUAAGUGGAUCCCAAUCAUAUGACCCCGACAAUCUGGGUACACCUCUCAGGUAUCACUGGAGGUGUGCGCCUGCUGGGGCCCCUGAAGAUUCAUGCUUCAGUGCUGCAGCACCCGUUUCACUGGACAGCACAGCGCCACGCAUCUCCUUUACAGCAGCAGAUCUCAAUGAUGGCUAUGACCAGUUCCUAGUGAUGCUGAUGGUAUCCAGUGGCAACCGGACCUCCUCAGAGUCACAGGUGUUCCUGUCCCUCCGCUCGGACCCCACAUUCAGUUUCAUCCAUGUAUCCCGAGUCAACGUUAAAAGCAACUUUGUGAACUGGAAUGAAGAACUUUCUCUUCAAGUUGUGUGUGAAGACUGUGAAAAUCUACAUAAUCUGUCUUAUUCCUGGGACCUCUUUUUAGUCAAUGCAACAGAACAGAAUAGGAUGGAAGAUUUUGAAACCUACUAUGGUGAUAUACAAGAAGCAAUACCCUCAAAAGGAAGACAACCAGGGAGCAUUAUCGACUUUCCCAGACCAGAACCAAGUGGAAAUGAUGACAAAAACCCCAGUGAUGGGGAUAACCUGCUUGGUCCAUUCCGCUAUUGGGGUAAUGCCAGGCCCUUACUAAUGAUUGACUGGUCCAAAUCCCUGAUUAGCCCAGCUGUUUUCCAAGGCUAUUCCCUAUCAGGUAUCAAGGAACAAAAUGUGACAAUAAGGCCAUUUUCACUGAGAAGUGGAGGGACAUAUGUCAUACAAGCUUCUGUAGCUUCUAAAUACAUCUUGCUAGGUAAAGCCCAGCUGUACUUAACAGUCAACAGAGGCCCCCAGGAUGUAGCUUGUCAGGUACAGCCCCACCAUGGUCAGGAGGCACACACCAUCUUCAGUGUUUUCUGCAUGUCAGGAAAACCGGGAUUUCUUUAUGAAUUCAGUUACCAGAUAGGAAAUGGCUCCAGACAUACUCUGUACCGUGGAAGAGAUGCCCAGUAUUAUUUUGCUUUGCCAGCUGGUGAACCAUUGGACAGUUACAGAGUCCUGGUUUUCACUGAGAUCACAGAUGGUGAAGGCUCCAAGUUACAACCCUGCUCUGUAGCAGUCACUGUUCUUCCUUGUUACCAUGGAAAUGCAGCCUCUGCAAAUGACUGCCUGGAAGAGGAUCUGUAUAAUUCCAGCCUGAGAAACCUAUCCACUCUCCUGCUGAUGGGGAGCUACACAGAAACCAGGAACUACAUCACUAUGAUCACCAGGAUCCUGAGCUAUUUGGCUAAGGAGGACAGAGGCCCUUCCUGUGGCCAGUGGUCACGAGUACAGGAUGCAUUAAUUUCUUCAGUAUGCAAAUUAGACUUUGCAGAUCAGGAAGAAAUCAUUAAUUCUGUCCGUAUGCUAAGUGACCUCAUAAGCUUCCCUAAUAAGUUAACCUUCAUGAGCGCAACUCUUAUCCUUAAAUACACUCGGCUGCUUCUUACUGAAAGCCAGUUGUCUGGGAGGUUUGUGAUUGACAGACAACUGCUGUUGGAACUCAUUUCCCUUGUAUCAGCAGUCUUGGAAGUUUCUGACCCAGAAAAAUCAAGGAAUGUGUACUAUCUACAAGAAGAAGGAAUUAAAGUAAUCUCAGACUUUUUAUUAAAUUCUCUCUCUGUGAACAGUGAGCGUCAGCUCCACAUUGGAACUCGAGAGAUGGAAUUGCAGGCCUAUCUUCAUUACAGUAGUAAGAAUACCGUCCAGAGUAUUGGCACUGCCCAAGUCUACUUACCUGGCAACCAAGCUGGGCAGAACCCAUGCUAUAUCAGUCAACUCAUUUUCUUCAAAAAGACUCCAUAUCCAGGGGGACGAGCUCAUGGUCAGGUUGGUGGCGCUGUAGCUCUCUGCCUUUACGACUGCCAUAGCAGACUACCCUUCAGCAGACUCAGGUUACGUAUGCCUGUGACCAUUGAGUUCGGGGAGGAUAACAUGAGAAAUAAAACAGCAUUUGUAUUAUCUCGGGAUAAAGUGAAUUUUCAUCAGUUCAUCGGGUCUUCUGAAAACUCACAGGAAUCUCUACAAAUUAGAAUCAGAUUUUCUCAGACAUUCACAAGAGCCUUCCCCAUAAUGUUGCUUGUAAGAAUCUCCAAGAAACCAACUCCCUCUGAUUUUCUGGUGAAGCAGAUCUAUUCAUGGAAUGAGCAAACUAUACAGAUUAUCAUACCCGCUGCUUCACUGAAAGGUGCCAGCUUGGGUUACUUGACCUUAUUAGAUGCUGACUAUGACAGAACACCUGCAAACAAGUAUCUAGCUAACGUUGUAAACUAUGUUGUGGACUUCCAGUGGAUCCAGUGCCUAUUUUGGGAUAAGAGAGGAUGGAAAUCUAACACCUUCCCUCCACAAGCAGGAACUGUUCCAGAAAAGGUUAACUGCAGCUAUGAUCACCUGACAACAUUCACUCUCGUAAGAAGACAGCUGAAUGCCAGUUUUGAAAUGAGUGACAUUUCUGAAUUACAGAGUCACCCAGAAAACCCGAUUCCCUGUAUUUUUAUUGUGCUCUUCAUGAUUAUUUAUGUACUUUUGGUUACUAAAAGCAAACAUGUUGAUAGUCAUGAAAAAAAGAAAACUGGUUACAUUUUUCUGCAAGAAAGUGCCUCACCUACUCAACACUUGUAUGCAGUAAUUAUAGACACCGGCUUUCGUGCUCCAGCCCAGAUGACUGCAAAGGUUUACAUCGUUUUAUAUGGUGAAAAUGGACUUUCAGAAACCAAAGAGCUCUACUGUCCAGAGAAGCCACUAUUUGAAAGGAAUUCCAGGCACACUUUUAUACUGAGUGCUCCUGGUCAUCUCGGUCCUCUUUGGAAGAUUCGUCUCUGGCAUAACAACUCUGGUCCUUCUCCAGGCUGGUACAUUAGCCACGUACUGGUGAAGGAGCUGCACACUGGGCAAAGCUGGUUCUUCCCUGCGGAGUGCUGGCUUGAUGCGUAUCGAGGGGAUGGAAGGGUGGAGCGGGAGCUCAUCCCCCUGCACCAAGGGCUCGGCUUGUGGAAGCUUCUGAAUGCCAAAUUCCUGGAGUACCUGGAGGAUGUGCACGUGUGGAUCUCGGUAUACAGCCGGCCCUCGUCCAGCUGCUAUCUGCAUGCACAGCGGCUCACAGUGUCCUUCUCCUUGUUGUACACGUACUCCUGGCUCACUGCUACAUUCACUGCAGCACAGCACGAGCAGCUCUCACUGGACAUUGGUCCCAGCUGCCUGACCAUUGGCGCCUUCAGGACAGGCCUUCUAUGUACUCUUGUGGCUUCUCCAGGGGCAUUGCUAUUAUCCCUGCUCUUCCGGCUCAGCCAGGGGACCACAGGGCCAACCAGAGAGAAGCGUCACUUCAGGGAGAGAGCCACACCAGGGGUGGUGACUCAGGGUCCAAGUUCCCAGGAAAGGAUACUAGAUGUCCAGAAGAAAUAUAAGUGUAACACAUCAGACAUCCUCUCUGGGAAUGACUGUGGCCAGAAAGGUGAUCCCACACCCAGUGGAGGCCUUGCUUCCCAAUGGCAGAGGACGCUUCCACCUUGGUCACGUUCUGUAGCCUGGGUGCUGUGUAUGAUGGUGUCUGUUGCCACUGGUGUGGGAACAGGAGUCCUAGGAUAUAGGUUUGGCCCGACUCAGUGUGUGCACUGGUUGAUUCUACUGUUCUUCUCUGUGAUGGACUGUGCUUUCAUCACCCAACCUCUGAUGAUAUGGUUGAUGGCAUUGGACUUUGCUUGGAAGAAAAAAGAUGAUAAAGCUUUCUUUACUGAGUCUUUGUAUGAUGCAACCAAGGAUUUAGAAUCUGAAUUGGAGCAAAUUUCCCAGACUUGCAUCCCCCUUGCUUCAAGCUGUGGUAUUCCCAACUGUGCCAGUGAAUUUGAAAAAAUAUUGGCUACUCGUCAGCGAGCACGCCAACUGCGCUGGGCUCAUCCACCAUCCACAGCACAGCUCAAAGCAACCAAGAGGAAGAUGAGGAAAGAGUUUCGUGCACGAACAGCUCUGAGAGACUUUUUCAUGUGUAUCAGCAUGCUGCUUCUGUUUAUGUUUAUAACAUAUAAGAAAUUCUCCUGGGAUGAAUUUGCUCUCAAUCAAGCUGUCCAAAAUGAAUUUACCAGACAUGCUGAGAACUCUUUUGGUGACCUGAGAAGCAUGGAUGAAUGGUGGGAGUGGAGUCUGACCAGGCUUCUGGAUGGCCUCUAUGGGGCUGAUGUUCCCUCUGCUGGUCUUCCAGGAGCAAAGUCUGGAGCUCUUGGAGGAAAAUGCUAUCUAAUUGGCACAUCAGUAAUUCAACGAUUAAAUAUUUUUCCAAAUAGUUUUUGCAAGCCUCCACACCCAUUUUCAGCUCUUGCCAAAGACUCUCUUCAUCCAUGUAGCCCCAAAGUUGGAGGACCUGUAAAACCCUAUAUGGUAGACCCAGAAAACCAAAAAGUUAUCCCAAGUCAUCCCAAGGGCUGUGAGGCGAGGGAGGACUGUAUGCUCAACCUGGGCAGGACAAGGCCUGAAGCCCAUGCAACCCUGACCAGUCUCAGGGCUAACCGAUGGAUCAGCGAAGGCACCAGGGCUGUGUCUGUGCACUUUACCCUCUACAACUCUCCCACACAGCUCCUCACCAGUGUGUCUCUAAGGGCAGAGGUGCUCCCCACCGGGCGUCUUCUUUCCUCGUCACAGGUGGAAUCAGUCCGUGUCUUCCUCAGUGACUCAGUCCUGAGCUACUGCCUUCUGGUUUCUGAGCUGGUCUUUCUGGUGCUCAACCUGGUUCACCUCUGUUUUCAAGUCUUCAAUAUGGUUGAGAAAGGCAUCCUCAACUACUGGCGAAAACCGAGCAACUGGCCAGAGCUUUCUGUGGUUGGACUGAGCCUUGCCUACUAUUCAGCCUCCAGUCAUCUUCUUGUUCUUGCUGGAGAUGUUAUCGACCAGUUUCAUAAGGGAUUUUUUCAAGAAUUUAUUGAUCUCCGUCUUAUUGCAUCGUGGAAUGAGAGGGUGCGAUGGCUCCAAGGAAUCCUUUUAUUCCUCUUAACAUUAAAAAGCAUCUUUCUUCUUGGAGCUCCAAAGACAAUGGCUUCCUGCUUCUUCAUGCCGUGUCACUUACUCUCCAGCAUCAUCAUGCCCGGGCUGGCUGGAGCCCUGAUAGUGGCCAUCCACUCACAUCUGCACAGAGUCCUGCUCUCCUCCCCAGCACUGCCACCAAGCACCUUUACAGAGUCCUCCAACAUACUGGCCGUUCCUUUUCUGGGAAAGAGCAGAAGAAAAGCAUUGUUGGGUCUUUCCAAAUCUCAUCAGUGGGCACUGACUUGCUGCCAUGUGGCCAUUUAUACAGUACUGACCACUUUGUGGCUGACAGUGCUCAGAAGUUACCUCAGGACUUUUGCCAGAAAAAAAAAAUAUUUCCAAAGAAAAUAUCUUAUGAGAUUUAAAAGUGUCACUGCUUACACAUGGAGGAAGAUCCUCAUCUUUCUAGGACUGGAAAGGCCAAAGUUGGAAGAGACUCAGGUGGUUGAGAAUCAUAUUUACUAUCUGGAUGAAUUUGAAGAUCUAUUAGAUGUACUGCUGUUGAAGAUAAAUGUUUUGUACAACAACCUACAUCUCCCCAUUCUAGAAAAACAAUUCAGUAGCACAGUGGAGGCAAUGGUAGAAGACAAUCCCUUGAUAGAUGCUUCUGGCUACCAAACCACUAGGGUAGUGCUCAAUGCUCGAGAAACUGCAGGGAAAGGACACUAA